AUGGCACGGAGAGCCCUAGCCCCAGUUCUAUGCGCGCUCUGUGUCCUCCUUACAACGGUCCUUCUGUGGUUCGGUUUCGCUGCUCACAGUCCGCUUCAAAAUGUGCAUUUGUUUCAAGCCAAUGUGCAGGGACAAACCCAGCAAAGCCAGGACAGUGGCAAGGCCGCUGUCGAGGGCGAAUACUUGCUGGGGGUCGGAAAAGCCGAUAUUACUGGACCGGUUGUCGAGAUCAACUUGAUGGGCUACGCUGACACAGAUCAAGUGGGAAGUGGUGUCCGUCAACGGAUCUAUUGCCGGGCGUUCAUCGUGGGCAGCCUCUCCAAGACUUCCUCGCGGAUCGUCUACCUUGUCCUUGAUACCCAGUCUGGCGACACUGCCAUCCGUCAUGGCAUCUUGCAAAGGCUUAAGGAGUUGGGCCCAGAAUACGCAAUAUAUAACAAGAACAACGUCGCAGUUACCGGGACCCACAGUCACAGCGGGCCUGGGGCUUGGUUGAACUACCUAUUGCCACAAAUCACAAGUCUAGGCUUCCACAGAGAGAGCUACGAUGCAAUUGUCAGUGGCUCGGUGUUAGCCAUCCAACGGGCACAUGAAAGCCUGACGCCAGGCCAUAUCAGGAUUGGACAACAUCCUGUCGAAGAAGCGAAUGUAAACAGAAGCCCGUACGCAUACCUUCAGAAUCCGAAGGACGAACGAGACAAGUACACCGACGAUGUUGACAAGGAUAUGACAUUGCUGAAAUUCGAGCGGGCGGCCGACGGUCAAGCCAUAGGAGCACUGUCUUGGUUUCCUGUGCAUGGCACAUCCCUAUAUCAAAACAACACCCUCAUCGCCGGCGACAACAAGGGCGUUGCCGCAUAUCUUCUGGAAGAGUACAUGAAAGCCAGGAACCCAUCCUUUGUCGCCGGCUUUUCCCAGGCAAAUGUUGGAGAUACUUCUCCCAACACGCUCGGCUCAUUCUGCGAAGACACUGGCCUUCCAUGCGCAUUUAAAGAUAGCACGUGCGGAGGUAAAACCCAGCCCUGUCACGGACGUGGGCCAAUGUUCGAAACAGAAGAUCAGGGGACGAGGUCCUGCUUCGAGAUCGGGAAGCGUCAAAUGGCAGCCGCCAAAACCCUCUUAGAAGAUGACAACUUAACUCCGAUACCAGCAUCUACCGUAUCCUUUUUUCAUACCUAUGCCAACCUCUCGUCAUUCACCUUCACCUCAUUCUUCAACCAGUCCCGCACCCUCAAGACGUGUUCCGCCGCGUUGGGGUAUGGCUUCGCAGGCGGCACAACCGACGGGCCCGGCCGCUUCGAUUUCGCCCAGGGCACAAACGACACGAAUGGCGGCUCCCCUGCCUUGAAAAAUCCGCUUUGGAGAAUCGCAAGAGGCGCGAUCCAUCCCCCAACAGACGCUCAGAUAGCAUGCCAAAGCCCGAAACCCAUCCUCUUGGACGUCGGUGACGCCGAUGACCCUUACGCGUGGACGCCCAACAUCGUCGACAUCCAACUCCUCCGGAUCGGCAGUUUAAUCAUGAUAAUAUCGCCGGGCGAAGCGACAACCAUGUCCGGCCGCCGGUGGAAAUCGGCGCUCGCGGCCGCGGCGCCCUCGGUUCUGAACAUCUCUUCUCCGAGACUCGUCCUCGGCGGGCCCGCAAACACCUACGCGCACUACAUCUCCACCGAAGAAGAAUAUGCCGUGCAACGCUACGAAGGCGCGUCCACGCUCUACGGGCCCCACACACUGGAAGCAUACAUCAACCUCACCAUCACACACCUCCCCUAUCUAGGCUCCGACGACGAAACCUCCCACCUGGACCGUCUCCCCGCGGGUCCCCACCCGCCCAUAAACGUGAAUCGCUCAUUAUCCUUCAUUCGGCCCGUCGUCGUCGACCACGCCGGCAUUCUACGCAAGUUCGGGGACACACUCUCAUCCCCGGACCCCUCUCGAUCCUUCCACGUCGGCGAAGUCGUCAGUGCUCGCUUCGCCGGCGCCAACCCGCGCAACAAUUUCCGUCUCGAAGGCACCUUCGCCGCCGUCGAAUCUUUCGACGAGUCCCGAAAGGAGUGGAUCCAGGUCCGCUCCGACAGGGACUGGUUCCUGGUGUACCGGUGGAAACGCACGUCCACGACCCUGGGCACCAGCGAGGUCACGUUGGAGUGGGAGAUUGAGCCAUCCACGAAGACGGGCAUGUAUAGGUUCAGGUAUUACGGCGACUGGAAGGCCUUGACCGGGCAGAUUACGCCGUUCGAGGGCACGAGCGGCGUGUUCCACGUUGUUGGCAAUGAAGACGGCUCGAGCAGCAGCACGAUUUGGGACGAGCUGCUGGUCCGUUCUUGA